AGUGUUUUUUGUUUAAUAUAUAUCAUAUCAAUCGAUCCAUAACAACCAAAAGAAAAAAUUCUUCAUUAGUUUUUCUUUCUCUCUCUCUCUCUCUCUCAUUUGGUCAUUUCAACGAAAUGUAAAUAUUCGAUUCAAGUGUGUGAAACAAAAUGGAUAAAUUUUUUAAUUGUUGGUCAAGAAAAAAUUUGACCACCACCAUCAUUAUAAACCUAAAUAUCAUAAUCAUUUUAUUGCUCAACAUUUUUAUCCGACCCAUUGAUGCCAAUUCAGAUGCAAAAAGAUUAUAUGAUGAUCUAUUAUCUAGCUAUAAUCGUUUAGUUCGUCCUGUUAGUAAUAAUUCACAAAGUUUGAAGGUUAAACUUGGAUUAAAAUUAACUCAAUUAAUCGAUGUGAAUCUAAAAAAUCAAAUGAUGACUACAAAUGUAUGGGUAACACAAGAAUGGUAUGAUCAUAAACUUAAAUGGGAUCCGGAAGAAUAUGGUGGUGUAAGACAAUUAUAUGUACCAUCGGAACAAUUAUGGUUACCAGAUAUUGUAUUGUACAAUAAUGGUGAUGGUAAUUAUGAAAUAACCAUCAUGACCAAAGCAAUUCUUCAUUAUGAUGGUUUGGUUACAUGGAAUCCACCGGCAAUCUAUAAAAGUUCAUGUAAUAUUGAUAUAAAUUAUUUUCCAUUCGAUUAUCAAGAAUGUACAAUGAAAUUCGGUAGCUGGACAUAUAGUGGUAAUGAAGUUGACCUUAUUCAUUUGAAUGAAGGUAAUGGUACUGAUCUUUUGGAAUAUGGUAUCGAUUUAUCUGAAUUUUAUCUAAAUGUUGAAUGGGAUAUAAUGCAUGUACCGGCAUUACGUAAAGUUAUUAAAUAUAGUUGUUGUCCACAAUUUUAUCCCGAUAUUACAUUCAAUAUAACAUUACGACGAAAAACAUUAUUCUAUACAAUCAAUUUAAUUAUUCCAUGCGUAUCGAUAUCAUGCCUUUCGAUUCUUGUAUUCUAUAUGCCAUCGGAUAGUGGUGAAAAAGUUACACUUUCAGUAUCAAUACUAUUAUCACUUAGUUUUUUUCUUCUUGUUCUAAUUGAAAUUAUUCCAUCAACAUCAUUGGUUAUACCAUUGAUUGGUAAAUAUCUUAUAUUUACAAUGGUAUUGGUAACACUAUCUGUUAUUGUUACCAUAUUGGUUAUGAAUAUACAUUUUCGUUCACCAUCUACACAUAGAAUGUCACCAUGGAUUCGAAAAACAUUUAUGCAUUCAUUACCAAGAUGGUUAUUAAUGAAAUCACCACAAUUCAAGCUAGAAUUACCGGAUACAGAAAAGAAAAAUGCACAACAACAAUUACAAUUAAAUCUUGAACAACAAAAUAAAAAAAAUAUGACAUUACAAUCACCAACACCACCACCAAUCGAUUGGAAUCAAUCAAUCGAUUCAACAUUUGAUAAUUUAAUGGUUACAAAUCAUCCGGCUUCAUCGAUGAUGAUGAUGAUGAAACAACGUGAACCACAUUAUUGUUAUCCAAGAAAAAUUGAUCAAAUCAUAUUGAAUGCUAUAUUCAUUGCUCAUCAUAUUGAUAAUGCUGAUGAAUAUAAAAGUAAUCAAGAAGAUUGGAAAUAUGUAUCAAUGGUAUUGGAUCGAUUAUUUCUUUGGAUAUUUACAUUAGCCUGUAUAGUCGGUACAGGUGGAAUAUUUAUGGUUGCACCAUCCAUCUAUGAUUUAGAUGUACCAUUGGAUAUUCAAAUGUCAACUAUUGUCAAAAGUCAAUUCUAGUAUUAUAAUAUAGAGAAAAAUAAAGAUGA